UUGAGGGUCUCACGUCUUCUCAUUGCCGUUGUUUCCCACCAAAUGAGGACUUGCGAGCAGGAUUGAAAAGAUGGAUGUUUUCAUUCUUUGAGAGCGAAAGCUUCUAAAUAAAAGCGUUUUCGGACCACCGCCAGGAUGUUUUGCAGCUUUUACUCAGCCGGAGGGCUGGCGUUUGCUCUCGUGCUGUGGAGCCUCAGCCAGCCCAGCGAGACCAAGAGCCGUCUGGACCCCAACGUGAAGGACUGGGGAGACUAUUCGGACCUCCCCCCCGGAAUGGAGCUGGGCCUGGGCUUGGAUGAGGACAGGCAGCGUGGAGGCAAGGCGGGAGAGUUUGCACCACAGUUGGAUUUUCUCUCGGAUUUUGCAGGCAAAAAGCGUCUGUGGGUGAUAACAGCCCCCUCCCACAACGACCACUACCUCCGUAUGAUGGAGAAGCAGCUGGAGGAAGCGGAUCAGAGAUCCCUAAACUGCCGUCUGGCCGAAAGAGACACUUUCAUCGUCACCGUCAUCCAGAACGCCAUGAUGGAAGGCCGGAUCCAGAAGACCAGCAUGCAAGGAGACGCCACCGUGGAGAGCUUGGACCCUGACACUGUCACCAAACUGCUGCACUACCUGGAGCUCACUCAGGAGCAAACCUUCAACAUGUUGCUGCUGAAAAAAAACCUGAGAGUCAGCGAGCGCUUCCCCUAUCCGGUACGCGUGGAGGCCAUCUUGGAGAUCGUCGAUCAGUUCCCCAUGAGGAAGCUGGAGAAGAUCAGCAGAAAGGGCUCCAAGUUAAGGUGCCCAAGCGCCAAGAAGAAGGUUGUGCUGAAAAGGAAGAAGACCAAGAAGAGGAUCAUCCUCAGUCCUCACAGGCACAGCAACGUCACCUCGGUGGCGGCGUUACAAAGACGAGCUGCUCUCGACAGAAAGGCCGCCCUGAAGAGUAAGAUCCGAGACAUCCUCAACGGGAGGUCCAGGUUCGUCAUCCGUAAGGCGCCCACCGCCAGGAGAAAUCCUGGCAGCACCGGCAGCGCUGCGGGCGGAAAACAGGAAGAGGAAAAAGAGAAGACGCACCGGCCUCCACACGUGUCAGCAGGAAAAGAGGAAGUGAAGAACCAAAGGCCGGAUGCUACCUUAGAUGAGGGGCCUCGAAAGCCCGUUGAGGAGAGCAUCCACGAAGAAGAGGAAAAAAGCAAUGAAAAGAAAAAGGGCAAAGGGAAAAAGGGAAAGAAAGGGAAGAAAGGAAGAGGAAAGAAGUCCAACAAAGAACUUAGUGAGAAGGACAAAUCUGCCUUGAAGGACUUUUUGGACCAUUUCAAGGGUAAAAGAAGGUUAAUGCUGAUGUCGACCCCAAGCAGAGACGCAAGGCUGUACGUGGAGCAGCGCGCCGAGAACGAGAAGCAGCACUGCCAGCUUGCCGUCAGGAAGGUCACCGUGGCGACCAUCGUGGGCCGAGGUGGCGACGCCACGCUCACGUUGCAGCACCACCAACUCGAGUCAGAGCCUGCGUUCGGCUCGCUGCCAAGCCGGCAGCUGUCGGAUUCGGGCCUGAUGGCGCUGCUGAGAGCCGAGCUGGGUUUGUCUUCCCCCGACCUCUUUUCCAUGACUGUCACCGACUACGACAUCAAGCCCCACAGAGUCUUUGAAGCGCCCCCAUCCAGCACGGCCAUGUUGGAAUACAUGGACAGCUUUCCCUCACGGCGCGCUGAGAAGGAAGAAGAAAGGAAACAUCCUCCUCCUUGUGGAGCAGACAAGCAGCAACCCGAUGCGGAGAAUCCCCUGCUCAGGUUCAUGUCCAGGAGGAGACUGCUGCUGCUCUCCGCUCCAGCUGAGGAUGACUAUUCUCUACAACAGCAGCUCUCUGCUCUCAAUGGACAACAAUGUCAUCUUGGUAUUCGCCACUUUGCCAUGUUGAAGCUGAUCGGGGUCGGAGACAAAGCCUCGGGGACGGUGGAGCUCUUCCCCCUCAAUGGUCGUAGUCAGAGCCAGGUGGAGCCGUUAGCCCGCCACGCCGUCAACAACCUGCGGGAUCAGCUGAAGAUCAGCAAGGACUACUUCAGCAUGCUGGUGGUGGGCAAGGACGGAGACGUCAAGGCGUGGUUCCCGUCGCCCAUGUGGUCCUUGGACAAUGUCUACGACCUGGUGGACUCCAUGGAGCUUCGCCUGCAGGAGGAGAAGCUGCAGAAGCAGCUCGGGAUUCACUGCCCGGAGGAGCCGAGGGGAGGAGGAGGUGGCGAGGGAGAGCGUUACCGUGGAUACGAUGAGGACGGAGCCUAACAUACAGUAUAUAGAUCUUUUUUUUGCAUGUUUGUCACACUUAAAUGUUUCAGAUCAUCAAACAAAUGUAAAUAUUAGUCAAUGACAACACAACUGAACACAAAAUGCAAUUUUUAAAUGAAACUUUUUAUUAUUAAGGGAAGAAAAACAAUCCAAAGCUACAUGGCCCUGUGUGAAAAAGUGAUUGCCCCCUAAAGCUAAUAAGUGGUUGGCCCCCCUUAGCAGCAACAACUGCAAUCAAGCCUUUGUGAUAACUUGCAAUGAGUCUCUUACAGCGCUGGGGAGGAAUUUUGCACAAUUGUUGUCAUUCAGCCACAUUGGAGGCUUUUCCAGCAUGAAGCGCCUUUUUAAGGUCAUGCCACAGCAUCUCAAUAGGAUUCAGGUCAGGACUUGGACUAGACCACUCCAAAGUCUUCAUCCAUUCAGAGGUGGACUUGCUGGUGUGUUUUGGAUCAUUGUCCUGCUGCAGAGCCCAAGUUGCUUUCAGCUUGAGGUCACCAACAGAUGGCCGACAUUCUCCUUCAGCACAAUUCAUGCUUUCAUUCAUCACAGCAAGUCUUCCAGGUCCUGAAGACCAUCACACUACCACCACCAUAUUUUACUGUUGCUAUGAUGUUCUUUUUCUGAAAUUUACGCCAGAUGUAAUGGCACACACACCUUCCAAAAAGUUCAACUUUUGUCUUGUCAGACCACAGAGUAUUUCCCCAAAGGUCUUGGGAUCAUCAAGAUGUUUUCUGGCAAAAUUGAGACAAGACGGUUUUGGUCUUGGAACUCUGCCAUGCAGGCCGUUUUUGUCCAGCGUCUUUCUUAUGGUGGAGUCAUGAACACUGACCUUAACUGAGGCAAGUGAGGCCUGCAGUUCUUUGGAUGUUGUUGUGGGGUCUUUUGUGACCUCUCGGAUGAGUCGUCGCUGCGCUCUCUGGGUCAUUUUGGUUGGCCGGCCACUCCUGGGAAGGUUCACCACUGUUCCAUGUUUUGGCCUCAUUUAAAAACUGCAUUUUGUGUUCAGUUGUGUUGUCAUUGACUAAUAUUUUAAUUUGUUUUUAAGUGUGACAAACAUGCAAAAAAAUAAGAAAUCAGGAAAGGGGCAAACACUUUUUCACACCACUGUAUAUACACAGUAUAUAUAUAUAUACACAGUAUAUAUAUAUAUAUAUAUAUAUAUAUAUAUAUACAGUCAAACCUGUCUUAGCGGCCAUCUUUAUAGAACGGCCACCUGCCUAUAGCAGCUGCUGAAAAAUCCCCCGCAGCAAAUUUACAUGUUAUAGACCCUGUGUAUAGCAGUCACCUGUCCAACGCGGCCAGCGGCCACCCAUUUUGUCUCCCUUGGUCAAUAUCUGACCGCAUAUAGCGGCCAAAUUACCAACUCAAGUAGAAGCUUCAUGCACGAAAAAGUUUUGUUUUUCAAUCAAUGAAGCUGUCGUGUGUAGACUUUAAUUACUGACUCCUAGCUCAGUCACAAUCAUUCACAAGAUCCACACAAACUGUCAGUUGUUCCACAUAAAAAAGCCGUCUUCUUUUGAGCUUGCUAUUUCCUGGUCAAACAUGUAACUUUAAGAGCAUUUGCACCAAAACAUUACUGCAAAGUAUGCUGGGAACAGGACGUGCUCCCAGCGACGCUACAAUAAAAAAAAAACAUACGCUAGCAUGCAUGCGGCAGCGGUAGCAAAACUGAGUUGGGUUGUACUUAAUUGAAGUAUUUUAGAAUGUACUCACGUUAUCUUUCAUCAAGCCUCAUCCACAAAUCCAUCAAAGUCCUCAUCUUCUGUAUUCGACACACAAAAAAGCCGUCUUCUUUUCCGUUCGCUACUAGUCUGUUAACUUGUCAGUGUUAUUCAGCUCCAAAGCAAAGAAGGAAACUUCUCCUGUUGCUUCUGCCAACUUUAUUUAUUGAACGCGGCCACCAGACAGCAGCUCAGAACACACACACAUCUCUCAGCAUCGUCUCUCCUUCCUGCUUGCCCACAAGGCAAAGGUUAAACAAGCCCCACUACAUAGCUGUCCAGCCAAUGCCUGGAAGAAAUGACACCGUUUAUUUCCUGGUGUGCACUGGUCAAUACUGUAAUGCCGCUUGUUGUGGGGAAGGAGAGACUCACGUCGCCGAUGCACUUUAAUGGCUUUAUUAACAGCGGAGAACACUGCAGGACUUUACAUCCACGCCAACAUAAACACACUUCCCAACUCUCUCCAAACUCACAGCUAGCACUGAGCCUAGCUCUCCUGCUCGGGACGCCCACCGUCACUUCCCGUCACUUCCUGAUGAACUAAAGCUGUAAUGAGCCUAGUAGUUCUGUACAACUUUUAUCCGCAGUCCCACAGUGCCCUCUUCUGGUCAACAUUAAUUUUUUUCCCCUUUUUUUUCCCUCUACUGGUCAACAUUCAAACUGGACGCCAACCUGUCUAUAGAGGCCACCUGUAUGUAUGUAUAUAUAUAUAUAUAUAUAUAUAUAUACGUACAUAUAUAUUUUUAUUUACGAUUUAUACAUUUUUGUGUUUAGCUUGAUCACAUUUUAUCAGUCAUUUUUGUAAAUAAAACAUAUAUGUAUACGGAAGAUUUCAAUAAUAAGUUGAAAUGUAUACAGUAUGACGAAAUACUACAUCUAAUCGGAAAGUCAGAAUUGUACUAUUAUUUUUUGGGGGUAUUAUGAUAUCUAAUUGUAAUGACAUUUCACUAUAUAAUAUAAGAAAAUAAUUUAA